CGUGGCCACGACAGCGGCGACCCUGGCGGCGGCCGAGGUGGCGGCGGCGGCGGCGGCGGCGGCGGAGGCGGCGGCGGCGACCGUGGCCGAGGCGGUGGCGGAGGCCUCGGUGGCCGAGCCGGAGGCCGAGGUGGAGGCUGCGGGGGAGGCCGCGGCCUCGGCAGAGGAGGCGGCGGCGGAGGCCGGCCCGGGGGAGGCGGCGGCCACCCUGGCGGGGCCGGCGGCGGGGGGCGGCGCGCCGGACACUGCGGCGGCCCCCUCGGGGGAGGCGGGCGCGGCGGCGGCGGCCCGCGGGGGCCCCGAGGGGAGCCCCGACUUCCCCAUGGCCUCCCUGUACGUGGGCGACCUGCACCCCGACGUGACCGAGGCGAUGCUGUACGAGAAGUUCAGCCCCGCCGGGCCCAUCCUGUCCAUCCGCAUCUGCAGGGACAAGGUCACCCGCCGCUCGCUGGGCUACGCGUACGUCAACUACCAGCAGCCGCUGGACGCCCAGCGCGCCCUGGAGACCCUCAACUUCGAUGUCAUCAAGGGCCGGCCGGUGCGCAUCAUGUGGUCCCAGCGGGACCCGUCGCUCCGCAAGAGCGGCGUGGGCAACGUCUUCAUCAAGAACCUGGGCAAGACCAUCGACAACAAGGCGCUCUACAACAUCUUCUCGGCCUUCGGCAACAUCCUCUCCUGCAAGGUGGCCUGCGACGAGAAGGGGCCCAAGGGCUACGGGUUCGUGCACUUCCAGCGGCAGGAGUCCGCGGAGCGGGCCAUCGAUGCCAUGAACGGCAUGUUCCUCAACUACCGCAAGAUCUUCGUGGGCAGGUUCAAGUCGCACAAAGAGCGAGAGGCCGAGAGGGGCGCCUGGGCCAGGCAGUCCACCCGCGCGGCCGUCAAGGAGUUCGAGGAAGACACCGAUGAGGAGGCGGCCCUGCGAUGAGGGCGUCCCGGAGGGCUUCAAAAACGUCAUCUCCAGUGCCUGCAGAGUGUAGCUAUGGACCUCUAGAACAUUUCUGUGAUCAUUCCCACGUUGCUGGACGUUCAGGUGGUGCCUAGUUCUUUGCCUCUCUUCAGACCCAACACUCCAUACUCUUGAUGAGUGAAUCCUCUUUGUCAAGCCAAAUCUUUGCUAGCGUCCUGGGUGGUCUUUCCCAAUUGUGGACGACACAGGGUCCACGUAUGGACACUUCAAGACUUGUCCUGAGUAUUGCCAAUGAUCCUCAUCUUAACGCAUUGUACCGAUUUGCUUUCAUGCCGGCCAGUGUAGCUAGUAAAAAGGGUAUGCCCUGUUCCCCUAUAUGUUCUCCUGGUCACUGUACUCGAUGUGCCUCUGUGGGGGCUUGCGCAUUUGUGUGAUUGUGUGUGUGUGUGAGUGUGUGUGUGAGUGUGUUUGUGCGAGUAUGUGUGUGUGUGUCUUGGGCCAGCUUGAAGGGAUGAAAAUAUUUUUUCUGUCCUUGUUUGUUUUGUUGGAUGUAAAUACUGUUUAUCACCUCCUUCCCCUGUGCUCUCUUCCUAGCUUCUCCUUGGCCACUGUCAGAAAAAUAAUUCAGCCUCAUUUUAGAAAAAUAACACAAAGCAGACAAGUGAAUACAAAACUAUUAAUGUUGAUAAAUUGAUUCUAAUGGUCUCUAUAUUCCUUAAUCAUUUUUCCAUACAUGUCUAAUAUUUUUCGCUGUCAGAAACAUUUUUGGCUGUACUGCUCCUGUAUUUUUCUUAUGCAUCUGUCAUAUAUAUGUACUAUUAUAUACAUAGUGUUUUAUAUCUGCUUUUUCACAUAAGAUGUGUUUAUAUGAGUAUUUAUUUACACACACCCUAAAUCUUCAUUUCGUGCCAAUAAAGAUAUCUUUGAAAUAUUUUACAUGUCUGUUAUUGUCGACUCAAUUUCCAGCCAGUUGUAUUUUGCAUAAGUGCAUACAUAUCCAUAUAUAUGUUUGUGUUUUCUUGUAUGUAUAUUUUAUUUCUUAAUGCAAUCAUCUAGGUUUUUGCUGCCUUUUCUUCAUUCAAAGGUUGCCAAGGUAUGAUAGUGCACUCUUUUUUAUUUAAAAUUCGUUUUCUAAACCAAUUUUGCUAAAUGUAAAACUGUACUGUCAAAGAAAAUAAUAUAUUUUAAGGUGUUUUAUUACUUUCAUAAAUUUUUAAGUAUUUUUUGCGUAUACAAGGAUAAUCAGUUUUGUAAAAGGACCAUGAUAUCUGUACGAAUCUCUGUAUUUGGUAGUGCAUUCAUUUAUUUACUUUCUUAAUAUUUUACAGGACAAAGGAAAUUUUAAGAAUUUAUUUUUAAUGUUUAAUAUAAAAUGUACAUUGUCAUGAUAGAAAAUAGUUUUUUAAAAAUUGUUACUGUAACAAAAGAAAACCAAAAUUCUAAUUCCUUUAAGUUCAGAAUGUAUAGUUACUUGUAAAUCUUUAUAUUUAUACUAUAAUAUACAUUAUUUCAUCGGAUGAUAUUUUGACUAAAAGUGUUACUUGAACCAUAUUUCUAAAUCAUUAGAUAUUCUCUUAUUAUUCUUUGAUUAUAUAUUAUUUUAUCAUAGGGAUGAGUUAUAAUUUCUAUAACCAAGCUUCUUUGUGUUAUGUUUUACAAGGUUUUGAUUUUAUUUGUAAGAUUUGUUCUAUUAUUAACACCUUUGUACUAAAUACCUUAAAAUAUUCUAUUACUUUUGUUUUCUUACUGUUAAACUUAUUGAGUAAUAGUUAUGGACAUGUCAAAUUUUAUCUUGGUCUAUACCAAAAUGUUUUUUAGUUUAUACUUACCAGUAGUGCAGAAAAGUGCACGUACGUAUUCCUAGCCAUCUUUUUUUAAUUAUCAAAAUAUUUCUUUCAAUUUCUGUAUAAUUUAAAUUUUUAUAUUUUAUUUCAUUACUUUCAUUAUAAAGAGCAUUCUUUUAAAUAACAAAAUCAAAAUAUAAUAUAUGUGAAACACUUCAUACUGAUUUUUCUAAACUUUUACACACGUUGAAUAUCUAUCCAAAAGUAUUUUAAAAAUAUUAUAGAACCAUACUGUAUAUAUUUUAUCCCAAAUUUUGCUUUUCUAUAUGUUGUAAACAUUCCUAAACCAUCUACACCUUUUCAGUUUCUAUUACAACUGACCAUCAAUAAACAAGACUGAAAUUUUAAAGAGUGUUCCUUUUUGGGUAUUAAAAUAG